AUGGCGAACACGGAUCAAGAGAACGAAAGUGUUGCUGGCCCGCAAGUAUUCAAACACGCCACUGCCGAAGUGGCUGUUACACCCCGUGAUACUCAACGGGAAUAUGAACGCUUAUUUGGCGUCGAUGAAGAUGCCUUUGAUCAACCCACCACCAGUCGGAAGGAGCUGUGGUCGUACUACCUCUAUUAUAAUGGUGAUAAUGGCGUGGGUCCGGGCUCCUACAGUCAAGCAUUAUUCCAAUGGGCCUUGACAAAUGCCGGAUACAUUCCCGAUACAAACCCGCCUCAGCCUUGCACCGAUUCCUCCGCGUGUGUGGUGCCCUGGGCAGGCGGCACGCGAUCUACAUCCUCGGUGAUCCUGAUUGCCAAUGGUCUCUGUUUUGCCUUCAUGACAGUGAUCUUUGUCUGGCUAGGUAGUGCUGCAGAUUACGGCUCAUUCGGAAGAUGGCUGCUUCUUGUUUUGACUGUUGUGGCCUGGGCACUACAAUACGGCAUGCUUGCUAUCCGACACCCUAGUCAAUGGCCCGCAGCCAUGGCCAUGUAUGUUGUUGCAUAUAUCGCCUAUGGUGCGACUCUGGUAUUUUAUGCCGCUGUCUUUCCUAGACUUGCGCGGUACAUGCCGCACGUACGAAAGGCGCGAGAUGAACUGCGAGAAGGCAAGAUUGAGCAGCAUGAAUACGAUGCGAUCGAGUCUUUGGAAAGAAAUCAUAUCAGUAACAUCUCGACUGCACACAGCAAUAUUGGAUACCUCCUCACAUUAGUCCUGAAUUUGAGCGUUCUUCUUCCGAUGCAGAAUAACCAGUUCUCAAACAACCUGGCACUAUGUCUCACAAAUUCAUAUUGGGUGAUUCUCGGAAUCUGGUGGUUCUUAUUUCAGCAGAAACGCCCCGGUCCCACUGUCCCUAAGGGCUCGAACUAUGCCACAAUUGGGUUCAAACAGAUUUGGCUGGCAAUGAGAGAGAUCAGGUCUCUCCCGCAGACUUUUCUGUACUUUGUGGCCUAUUUCUUGCUAGCUGACGGACUGAACACGACAGGAACUCUUGUCUCAAUCAUUCAAAAUGACUACGUCUCAUUUUCCUUCCUGCAAAUCACCUAUCUCGGUAUUACACAGGCCGUUUGCUCCAUCAGUUCCACGUUUGGGUUUUGGUACAUCCAGCGGUACUUCAAGCUCAAAACAAAGACGAUGUUCAUGAUCACCAAUUUCUUCACUGCCUUCAUUCCAUUCUGGGGCAUGCUGGGUCUAUGGACGACCCGAAUCGGCUACCAUAAUAGGUGGGAAUUUUACUUCUACAACGUCGUCUUUGGCUUGUUCCAAGCGCCCUACUAUGCAUACGCCCAAACGAUGAUUAGCGAACUCAUGCCUCGGGGCUACGAUAACAUGUUUUUUGCCUUGUUUGGGAUCACCAAUCGAGCAUCUUCGAUCAUCGGUCCGAACGUGAUUCAGGCUAUUAUCAAUGAUACGCGUAACAACUGGAUGGGCUUCCCCUUUCUUUUUGCUGUCUGUACGGGUGCCAUGAUCGCAAUUGGUUUCGUGGAUGUUGAAAAGGGCCGUGAAGAUUGCAGGAACUUCACUGAGCAGCGGAAGGUGGACCGCGUUGUUGCGGAAGCUGGAUUAGAUCCGAAUGAUCUGAAUGGAAAGGGAGUACCAAGGAAUCAUCACUCUGUAGAAGGUGAAUAG